AAUGGCUGCUAUAAAUGAGAAGGUAAAUUCAGAUCAAGUAGUUACUAUUUUACAAAGUUUAAAUUAUAAUCAGUCAUAGAUUAAUUCAAUUGUUUCAUAGAUCACAUCUGAAAUAGGUAUUAGCAUCAUCUAAAUAGACAUUAAUUAGUUUCAAUAAUUACUCUAACCCAUAGAAUAAGAAAUCCCAAUGUAAAAACUCACAUCCGAAUAAAUUUAUGCAAUAUAUGCAGAAUUUCGAUAAGCCUUACAUUUUUAGAACAUAGAAAAGGUUAAGCAAAUAUUAAGUAUGCAAAUUGAUUUGAUUUAACUUAGCUACAUAUCAAAAGGAUAUUGAUCUAGUGAAUCGAAUUGAUCCAUAGACUCGAUAAAUUUCAACAUUUAUAGCAAUACAAGGUUCAGAUGAAGAUAUUGCAUUACAAUUAUUAAAAUACUUAUGUGAAUUAGGAGCAAAUAUAAAUUAUAAAGACAACCUAAAAUAAUCCAUCCUUUUUUAUAUUUGUAGAGAUGGAAGGACAAAAUUAUUUGAUUUUUUGAUAUCAUAAGGAAUCAAUAUUUCUGAUACUGAUUCAUACGGAUAAACUCCUUUAUUUUAUGCUUCUAGAGAAAAUAGAAUUGAUAUUAUUUCAAAGUGAUCUUUAUAUUUAAAUAUUUAGAUUUAUUAAAUUAGGCAUUGAUGUAGCACAUUUGGAUACAUUAUCAUGUUAGACAGCCUUAUUUUAUGCAGCAAGUAAAGGACAUUAUGAGGCUUGUAAAUUAUUGAUAGAAGUAAAAACUAUCAUAAAAAUUAGGCUGGAUGUCCUAUUAACCAUUAAGAUAAUAAAAAGAAAACAGCACUUUAUUUUGCUAAGCAAUCAUAGAAAAAAGAAGUUAUUGAUUUGAUUACAGCUAGUAUGCAAAAACAAAAGGAAGAUGUUCCUCAAAAAAAGGCAGAGAGUGUUAAAGGAGGUGAAUAGAAAUAGAAUAAGAAAAAGUAAAAAGAGGUUCCAAAAUAAUAAUAUAAAAUUUUACAUACUGAUGAUAAAGGAUAACAAAGAGAAUUAACAAAUGAAGAUUUUUAACAAUUUUAAAUUUAAUAUCCUGAAAUUGCAUCUCUUAUUUUAAAUGCAGAUGAAUUUAUUGAUGAAAAUAUGAUAAAUUAAUGCAAAGAAGAUGAAACUUGGGAAAAGUAGGCUAAAAAAAUAAUAGGUAUAUUUAGGUCUUUAUCAAUUAAAAGCAUAAAUUUGGAAAGCAAAAGGAGCCUACUUUUUCCAUAAACCAGUUGAUCAAGAGGAAUUUCAUAUUACAGAUUACUUUGAUAUUGUUAAAAAACCAAUGGAUUUUGGGACAAUUAAAGUAAAUAUAUAUUUAAAUACAAUAUAGAAUAAAUUAAAUGUCAAUGCAUAUAAAAACAUUAGAGAAUUUCAUACUGAUAUGUUAUUAGUUUUUGAUAAUUGUGGACUUUAUAAUGGAACAUAAAGUGCAAUUGGAUAAAUUGGAGUUAAUAUUAGAAAUGAGUAUUUAAGUUUAAUUGAAUAGAAUGGGUUAAAUAAAUAUUUGUGAA